AUAAUUGAACCAAAACAGUGAAUAGAGAGAAAAAAAGGGUACUAUUCUGAAACAAUAGGAACAUUUGGGUCAAAACAGAAAUAAUAAAAGAUGUUGGCUUUGAAGGAUUGAAAGCUUGGGAAAAAAGGCAGCUCACAUCAAAAUAUAUAGUGCUGCUGCUCUGGUGAAGCGUGUAAUACCGAUUUUAAUCAACAUUUUAUCGCGGCCAAACAUUUUUUUAAGCAUCUCGUUCCUCUUGCCAGAUCCAGAUCUUUAUAUCAGAUUGAAACAUGUCUCGGAGGUAUGAUAGCCGUACAACAAUCUUCUCCCCGGAAGGUCGCCUUUACCAGGUUGAGUAUGCAAUGGAGGCAAUUGGCAAUGCAGGGAGUGCCAUUGGUAUAUUGUCUAAAGAUGGGGUUAUAUUGGUUGGUGAAAAGAAAGUGACUUCCAAGCUUCUACAGACCUCUGCGUCCACUGAGAAAAUGUACAAGAUUGAUGAUCAUGUUGCUUGUGCUGUUGCUGGAAUCAUGUCUGAUGCCAACAUUCUCAUCAACACAGCUAGAGUCCAAGCUCAGCGAUAUGCUUUUGCCUACCAAGAGCCAAUGCCCGUCGAACAGCUGGUCCAAUCCUUGUGCGACACCAAGCAAGGCUACACUCAAUUUGGUGGGCUCCGUCCAUUUGGUGUUUCUUUCCUUUUUGCAGGCUGGGAUAAGAACUAUGGUUUUCAGCUGUACAUGAGUGAUCCGAGUGGAAACUACAGUGGCUGGAAGGCUGCAGCUAUUGGAGCAAAUAAUCAGGCUGCUCAAUCAAUGCUCAAGCAAGACUACAAGGAUGAUAUAACGAGGGAGGAGGCCAUUCAGCUUGCUAUUAAGGUGCUUAGUAAGACAAUGGACAGCACAAGUCUCACUUCGGAGAAGCUUGAAUUGGCCGAGGUCUUCCUCUCUAGUGGAAAAGUCAAGUACCAGGUUUGCUCGCCAGAGACCCUAACUCAGCUGUUGCUCAAGUCUGGAGUUACUCAACCUGCUGCAGAGGCUUCUUAAGCUUGUAUUUUGUUCGACCAUAGUGUUUGAACUUGUUUUUUGUUUGUUUAAGAAUCUGCCAUUGAUGAAUGUCCUAUAUUGAAUUCUAUUUAUGAGGCAGUUAAUGAUUUGAACUUCCUUUUCCCCUCUUACCAUAUGCUCUAUAUGGUCUGUGAUCUCUUCAUAUAUAUAUAUAUAUAUAUUUUGAGGAA